AAGCAAGUAGAAUACAGGAUGAAGACAGUUAAUUGUUAUGUGCUGUUAUUUUGCUGGAAAGCAAUUUGUUGCAAUAGCUGUCAGCUCACCAAUAUUACUAUAGCAGUGGAAAGAGAAGAAUGUGAAUUCUGUAUUACAGUGAAUGCCACGUGGUGCUCAGGAUACUGCUUCACGAGGGAUCCAGUAUAUAAAUAUCCACCAGUAUCAUCUGUUCAGCAAACAUGUACCUUCAAGGAGGUUGCGUAUGAGACAGUGAAGAUCCCUGGCUGUGGUGACCAUCCCGAUUCUUUUUAUUCGUACCCAGUAGCUACAGAGUGCCACUGUGAGACCUGUGACACUGACAGCACUGACUGCACUGUGAGGGGACUGGGGCCAUCCUACUGUUCCUUCAGUCAGAAUGGAAGUAACCAAUGAAGGGUCCUUGAGAGGGCAGUCUGGCUUUAAAUGUUCACUUCUAAAUAAAGGUACUGAUCAGUCUUAAGUGGAAGAUAAUAAGCAAGGCUUUUAGAAACUGCUAAAAUUGAAACAAAGACUUUUUAAGGCCAAAAUGGAGAGCUUCUGACUAAACUUCUCUUCAGGCCUUCCCUACUUACCCCAUCAGGUUCCUUAAAAAUAUUUUCAUAGAUCUAUAGAACACUGCUUCUGAUACCCUCUGCCUUUGCUUCCUCUGCUUCUCUAUUACAUCCUCAUUCUUUAUAUUCCUGUACUUCCACUGCCUAGUUCACUUAGCUUAUUCUAUGCUACUCUAUGCUUUCAAAAAGUUCCCAAGUUCCAAGCCUUUAUUAUGCCCUGCUCUCCUCAGAACACACUUAUUUUAGAAAGUCUUGCAGCACUGGUUUUCUUACAACCAACAUAUCUUUCCUCAUUUUUUAUUAGUUGGACUGUAAACAUCUCUCAGGUGAGAUCCUUACUUUUUUUUUGGCAAAAUAUUUCAUAUAUUCAUUAUGC